ACCGCCAACUCAACUCUACUGCAGUAAAAUAGUGUUCGAGAAUGAGCGUGGCGGUGCAAACCACAAGUCAUGUUCUCCUUAAAACGAGGAAUAACGUGCUACUUGGGACUACCAGUCUCCCCAUUCUCUACUAAACUCCAACACACACACAAGCUACAAGACACACACUCCUCCACAAAAUCUCCUCACUCCACACCACCACCAAAGUGUCUUGAACACCACCAAGAACAACUCAUUUCCAUCUCACCAUAAAACCAUGGUAAAUGUAGUUGAUGAUGAUUAUGGCGAUGCUUCAAUGCAAUGCACAUAUCAUCCAUACAAAAACAACAGCCCUAGUGGUGGUAUAUGUGCCUUCUGUCUCCAAGAAAAGCUUGGCAAACUAGUCUCCUCCCCAUUUCUUGUCACUACUAAAGCUACUGCUUCCUCUUCUUCAACAUCACAUCACUCUUCAUCUGUACUCCCCAUCAAUGCGAACAACAACCCGUAUCAUCAUUUCAAGAAAUCGAGAAACCCAUUUCUCCCAACCCCAAAAAACAAGCAUCAGAAUCACCCACCUUCAUCAUCAUCCAAUGCAGUCACUUUUAACCGCAGUAAAUCUACUGUCAUGCGUGGCACAAAUUUGGUAGAAUCUAGUCCUGUUGAUGAUUUGAGCACGCCCCAGAAGCGUGGAUUUUGGUCAUUCACUCAUCUUUCUAAGCGGCAUAAGAUCAAACAGUUGGCGUCCAUUGCCAAAAUAAGGAAUGAGGAGGGUUUUGCUGUGGAAGAGAAUGGAAGCGGACUUGAUCGUAAAGUUUCAAGAUCGAGAUCUGUGGGUGGAGGCAACUGGAGCAUCUCCGGCGACAUUUUGGGGAAACUAUCAACGAGGUUCGGCGAGUGUGCUCUCCGGCGAGUGGAGUCACAGAGAGAAGGUAACCCAAGAUUAGGCUUGGGCUUGAGCGUCUCGGACAAGGACUUUUAAGUCUUCUUCGAAGUUUUUUUAUAUAUAUUCUCUUCCCAAAAAAUCAAUAUUUGUUAAUCUUUUUAUUUCUUGUUUUCUGAUUUAUAUGCCCCAUGAUUAAAAAUCACGCGGCUCUUUAUUUAGUGUUUAUGUAUGCAAUGUAUAUCGGUGAGUUCGAACUUUGAGUUCUCGUUUUCUUGGGUUAAUUUGUUAAAAUUCAAUUUAUAUGUGAUUUCGUAUGAAUAAUAUUCUUUUGGAGGU